AUGGACGGAGUGGGAUCGUUCGGAGCGGGCCGGACCGGGUCCAGCAUCGACCCCAUCGCCUUCGCCAAGCAGCCGCAGACCAUCCUCCGGGUGCUGUCAUGGAUAUUUUCCCUGGUGGUCUUCGCCUCCAUCGUGAACGAGGGCUACGUCAACAUGGGCAGCGAGCGUCUCCACUGCGUCUUCAACAAGAACGCCGACGCCUGUAACUACGGCGUGUUCAUGGGCCUGGUGGGCCUGCUGGCCUGCUCCUUCUUCUUCCUUCUCGACUUCAAGUUCUCCUCCAUCAGCUCUGUCAAAGACAGGAAGAAGGCCAUCAUGCUUGAGGUUGGCUUCUCAGGUUUCUGGACCUUCCUGUACUUUGUAAGUUUCUGUUUCCUGGCCAAUCAGUGGUCUCGGACCACGGCUGAUGAGCUGCCACUCAACGCCGGGGCGGACGCAGCUCGGGCAGCCAUCACCUUCUCUUUCUUCUCCAUCAUCACUUGGGCGGGUCUGACUGUGCGUGCGGUCCAGAAGUAUCUGCUGGGCACAGACAUGACCCUGUUCACCACGGAGCACAUGGAUGGCGGCGCACCCACCCAGCCGUACCCCUCCAAUUCACCAGUAGGCGUAACCGCGGAGACCACAGAGACCUACCAGAGCCCCCCUUUCACUGAGAACAACGCAGCCCCCACAUACCAGGUUCCCAUUUACUAG